CCUGCUCGGGAUCAGCUGCAUUCGUUACAGGAUCUGUGGGAGAUACUGUGACCUUACCAUGCAAUUACUCUGCAAAUGGAAGAACCACCACCAUGUGCUGGGGACGUGGAAGCUGCCCAUCUUUCAAAUGUAACAAUGAGAUCAUCAAAACUGAUGGCCUGAAAGUGACCUGGAAUAAAUGUGAGAGAUCCCAAUUACUGGGGAACAUAGCGCAGGGGGAUGUGUCCCUGACUAUCAGCAAGGUAACUUCCAGUGAUGCCGGAAUAUACUGCUGCCGUGUGGAGAACCCAGGGUGGUUCAAUGAUAUAAAGGAGGAAAUAAUAGUGAAGAUACAGGAAG